AUGCAGGGAGAACUGGUGGGGCAGGAAGAAGUGACAUGGCGGGGCGGCGCAGGGAGAACUGGUGGAGCAGGAAGAAAUGGCGGUGCGAAAAGUGGUGGGGAGAUACGAAGUAGCGGGGCAAGAGGUGGUUGGGUGAUAAGAAGUAGCAGGGCAAGAAGUGGUGGGGCGAGGAGAGGAGGAGUGGUGGGGCGAGCGGAGCAGGAGUGGUGGGGCGAGGGGAGGAGGAGUGGUGGGGCGAGGGGAGGAGAAGUGGUGGGGCGAGGGGAGGACAAGUGGUGGGGCGAGGAGAGGAGAAGUGGUGGGGCGAGGAGAGGAGAAGUGGUGGGGCGAGGAGAGGAGAAGUGGUGGGGCGGGAAGAGGAGAAGUGGUGGGGCGGGGAGAGGAGAAGUGGUGGGGCGAGGAGAGAAGUGGUGGGGCGAGGAGAGGAGAAGUGGUGGGGCGAGGAGAGGAGAAGUGGUGGGGCGAGGAGAGGAGAAGUGGGGCGAGGAGAGGAGAAGUGGUGGGGCGAGGAGAGGAGAAGUGGGGCGAGGAGAGGAGAAGUGGGGCGAGGAGAGGAGAAGUGGUGGGGCCGAGAAAGAAAUAGCGGGCCGAGAAAGAAAUAGCGGGCCGAGAAAGAAAUAG